AUGUCUCAGUGUGAGGAGGAGAGCUGUCAUAAUGAGACAUAUCUAAAAUAUAAUUCAAUUAGGAGACUGAACUCUCCUAAUCCUCUCUUCUCCAUCCCUCCUCUCCUCUCCCUCCUCUCCCUCUCCUCUCCCUCUCCUCUCCCUCUCCUCUCCCUCUCCUCUCCUCUCCCUCCUCUCCCUCUCCUCUCCCUCUCCUCUCCCUCCUCUCCCUCCCCUCUCUCCCUCCUCUCUCCCCUCUCCCUCCCCUCUCUCCCUCCUCCUCCCUCUCCUCUGUCUGUCUUCCUCAGCUCCAGCCUCACCCUCUCCUCUCCCCCUCUCCCUCCUCUCUCUCCUCUCCCUCCCCUCUCUCCCUCCUCCUCUCUCCCCUCUCCCUCCCCUCUCUCCCUCCUCCCUCUCCUCUGUCUGUCUUCCUCAGCUCCAGCCUCACCCUCUCCUCUCCCCCUCCCUCCCUCCUCUCUCUCUCUCCUCUCCCCCUCUCCCUCCUCUCUCCCCUCUCCCUCCCCUCUCUCCCUCCUCUCUCCCCUCUCCCUCCCCUCUCUCCCUCCUCCCUCUCCUCUGUCUGUCUUCCUCAGCUCCAGCCUCACCCUCAUCUCUCCCUCACGUCCCACGCUGCUCCUGGAUCCCCCCCCCCCCACAUCAGAUCGGGCUGAGACCAGGUCUGAGAGGCGGAAGUCCCCCUCCUCUCCCCCAGAGGACCCUCUCUCUCCCCCCGGCCUGCGCUGUGCUCUCUCCCACUCACAGAGGCUCCUCAGUCGGCUUCAUCAGCUGAGAAGUGCGGGUGUCUGCUCCGUGAGGAUGGGGUGUAACCGAGGAUGGGUGCUCCUUUUCGGCUCCGCGCUGCUGAUGCUGGGCCCUGGAGCUCCGCAGUGGACAGGUCUGCGCCUCAUCAGAGCCUCAGCAGAGCCUCAGCAGAGCCUCAGCAGAGCCUCAUGUGCGCGCGCGGUGCUGACGGGCUCUGAACGCGGGUCACGUGGGCCGCGUUUGUGCUGA